ACCUUUCAGUUGCGUUCGCGUUUCCACACUGUUCAGAUGGGCAGGCGGCAGCGUCUAAAAUGCAUUUUUUUUCCGUGAAGCCGCACUUUGCUAUAAACCCGUGCGGUCGGUGCUCGUUCUCGUCCUUACUGUCGGCGCUGUCGGUGCCAUUGUCGUCGUCGUCGUCAUUGCCGGACGUCGUGAGUGCGGUGGCAGCUGGUGCUACUACGGCUACUACUCCUGCUCCUAAUCCUGCUACAACAACUGCACAUGAAGCCCUUAGCGGGCCCAGCCACAAAAAAGAAAGUGAUUUAUACGCCUAAAUGAAAUAUGCCUCCUGAGUGGGACUAAACCCCGAGAAUCGAGUCAAUUAAAGUUCAAUUAUGCGACCAAAGCUGAAGGACAGGCCGCGCAAGCGUUUGAAAAUGCGACCGUUAAACUUCCACUGACUGACCGACCAUCGACCAUCGAGCAAUCGACCAACCGCCAUAAAAGUGUGUUCGUGUUCCCCAGCAUAAUCCCAGCAAUUGAUCAUAUCAGAGCCACCAUAUCGGAGCGAAUCCCGUGCAGGACCUAUCCACUCUAGGGACAAACCAGAUACAUAUACUAUAUACCAUAUCGUAAGGGAUAUCGUAGGGAUAAGUAACAGCCAAUACAAAUAUUUUCAAUUAGUGUGGCAUGUGCGCGGUCCUCUCAUAGUUGCAAUUGUUAUACUCUUGUUGUACGUUUCUUGUUGUCCACCGCCGCCGCCGCUACCGCCGCCGCGUCGUCGUUGUCUUUGUCGCCGUCGUCGUCGUCGUCAUUGUGUCGUUGUCGUUGCUCAAGUUGCGGUUGCCGGUUGUAAAAGUUUCGUUGCACAGUUUUGGGGCACAGGGAACCACGUGAAGCCGGAGCAAGUCAUCAAGAAUUUAACUCUGCCCCAAAGCGAACCCCAUUCAGUGUUCAAACUCCUCCGCCGCCUGGCUAGCCCCGACUUGAAACUGGCUGGGGCAUGAAACUUGCUCGCAUGGAAAUCAAUCAAUUGCACAAUGGCAAGGCAAAGUGCAUGUAGUGUGAAAAAGUAAAUUAAUUGCACACAGCAGGACAUCAAAGUUAAGAAACAGCCUGAACGGCAGUGUAAAAAUAAAACAAACAACAAAAACAAAAACCAAAAAAAAAACUGAGAAGAGAAGAAAAAUUGAGGGCAAAUAACAUGUGCUGUCAUUUGUAAUUACAAACGAGCAUCACAGAGAAAACUGAACCCAUAAAUAAUUAACAAUUACAAUAAAUUUUAAAAUAAAACUCAUACCUUAGCGCGCGUGCAUAAAUAAAGCAAAGUAUUUGCAAUUAAAUUAUCUGUGAUUUUUGUCAACAUAUUCAAUACUAUAUCCCUACGCGUCCGCGUGCAUAUCCCGGUAAUUUUUUUUAAAGUGAAGUCCCCCCCAAUGCGUUCGGCUUAAAGGCAAUUCGAUUCGAUUCGAUUCGAUUCGUCGCUAUACCGUUCGGUUCCUCGAUUUCUCGUUUACUCGCGCGCCGCGCCGGUUCUGUAUUUGUGCCCCAAGUGCUUCGUAGUACGGGCUCUGCUCCUGAAUAAUAGUGCGGGGAGACGUGUAAAUAUCGUACAAAAUGGCAAUGGUCAUAUCGACGCGUGCGAAACUCGUGAUUACCGCGCUGAUUCUGUUCUUCCUUCUCGGCAUCGUACUCGUCACGGGCUCCACGAAGGGAUGGUUCAAUCCCAACCGCUACAACGGCGAGCGGGUGGCAGCUAGGAUACAGGCAACGGACAUCUUCGACGCCAGUGGCAUGCAGCCCCCAGGACAGACGCAGUACACGCACGAGAGACCAUAUCGCGGCAUCAAGGGCGAGAAGGGUGAGCGCGGACCAAAGGGCGACAGUAUACGUGGCCCCCCCGGGCCGCCGGGUCCACCUGGACCCAAGGGCGAAGCGGCUGCCUAUCCACCCUUUGUCGAGACAACGAGUGCGGGGGCUAAAUACACUGGCGAAUGUACAUGUAAUGCGUCUGAUAUCCUAGAAGCCAUCAAGGACAACGAGUCGUUGCGGGAGACGUUGCGCGGUGCGCCCGGUACGCAGGGCAAGGACGGGAAGCCAGGCACCCCUGGUCACACCGGAGCCACCGGCGUGCCUGGAGCUCGAGGCGCCCGGGGAUCCGAAGGUGCCCAGGGACAGAAGGGCGAGCCAGGCGUCGAUGGUCUGCCCGGAGUCGCGGGUCCACCGGGACCAGCAGGCCCGCCUGGUUUGCCAGAGAACUACGAUAUAAAUUGGAAUCCUACCAGGACUUUCAAGGAGUCCUUAAUGGUCAACUCGAUGGGCACAUUCCGAGGCACGACGCAGCCAGGACCCAAAGGUGUGUCCGGCGAGAAAGGUGAAGCGGGCCAGAAGGGCGAACGCGGCGAUCCGGGUCACAAAGGUGCGCAUGGGUCCAACGGCGCAAAGGGUGAGCCCGGCGAGCCAGGAACUCCCGGACUGCCCGGCCUCCCGGGCCAGGCUGGCCAGCCGGGCGGACUCGAGGGCCUUUCCGCCAACGGAACCAAGGGCGAGAAGGGUGAAAAGGGCAUGCGAGGACGUCGCGGCGGCACCGGAUCCACUGGACCAAUUGGACCGCCUGGCAAGCCAGGAGCCAUGGGCGAUAUUGGACACUCGGGCCGACCCGGCAUGACAGGACCAAAGGGUGAGAUGGGACCAAAGGGUCCCAAAGGAGACACUGGCGGUCGCGAAGGGCCCAAAGGUGACAAGGGUGACACUGGCCAGGACGGACGCGACGGCCUGCCAGGCCCUCCGGGACUACCCGCAUCGGGCGGCGGGGACGGAGACAGCAGUGGAGUCCAGUACAUACCAAUGGCUGGACCGCCUGGUCCCCCGGGACCCCCCGGACUGCCGGGACUGUCGAUAACCGGCCCCAAGGGCGAGCCGGGCAUGGACUCGCGGAGCUUCUUUGGCGACGCCUCGUACUACGGCCGACCAGGUGCGCGCUCAUCUUUAGACGAACUCAAAGCCCUGCGAGAGCUGCAAGAUCUGCGCGAUCGGCCCGACGGCACAGCCGAGGCUCCUCGCCAGCCGGGACACUCACAUAAGCACGAAGAGGCCUUGGGUCCAGCAGUGGGCGAGGAACCAUACUUUUCGGCCUCAUCGUCGAACAUAAACAUGAAGAUUGUGCCCGGCGCAGUCACCUUCCAGAAUAUCGAUGAAAUGACAAAGAAAUCGGCACUCAACCCGCCUGGAACACUGGCCUACAUCACCGAGGAGGAGGCGCUCCUUGUGCGCGUCAACAAGGGAUGGCAAUACAUUGCGCUGGGAACCCUGGUGCCGAUCGCCACGCCCGCCCCGCCCACCACGGUGGCGCCAUCAAUGCGCUUCGACCUGCAAUCGAAGAACCUGCUGAACAGUCCACCACCCCCCCUCAACACGCCCACGUUUACCACCGCGCCCGAAUACGAAACGUGGUAUCCGCGAAUGCUCCGCGUGGCCGCAUUGAACGAGCCCUCCGUCGGCGACCUGCAGGGAAUCCGCGGCGCGGACUUUGCCUGCUACCGGCAGGGGAGACGAGCCGGUCUGCUGGGCACCUUCAAGGCGUUCCUCUCCUCCAGGGUACAGAACCUGGACUCCAUUGUCCGUCCGGCUGACCGGGACCUGCCCGUGGUGAACACGCGCGGCGAUGUGCUCUUCAACUCGUGGAAGGGCAUCUUCAACGGACAGGGCGGCUUCUUCUCCCAGGCGCCGCGCAUCUACAGCUUCAGCGGCAAGAAUGUGAUGACGGAUCCGCUAUGGCCCUUGAAGAUGGUUUGGCAUGGAUCGCUGCCCAAUGGAGAGCGCUCCAUGGACACAUACUGCGAUGCCUGGCACUCGAGUGCCCACGACAAGAGCGGGUACGCCAGCGAUCUGGCAGGCCAUAAGCUGCUCGAACAGAAGCGCCAGCCCUGCGAUGGCAAGCUGAUUGUGCUCUGCGUGGAGGCCCUCUCUCAGGAUCGGAAGCGGAAGAAGCGGGACGCCAGCGACAGUCACAGCUAUGGCCACAGUCACAGUCGUGGUCCCAGUCGCAGCCAGAAUCUGGAGUUCCGCACAGCAGAGGAGUAUGCAGCGCAUUUGGACGAUUUACUGCUGUAAGCGCGGGGUCGCAGCAAGAACAAUACCAAACCAUUCUCAUACAUAAAACAGGAACCAGAACGAGAACCACAACAGAAACAAGAACAAGAACCAGAACCAGAACAAGGCAAAUCACGGACACAGACACACCACACCCACAUUAAAUGUAAACGUAAAUCAUGGCCAUGCAUAUAAUCAGCGAAUUCCAAACAGAAACCAAAAAGAGAAUACUCAGACGACAGAUGGAGGAUGCAUAUAAACACAUACUCGUACAAUAUAUUACCGUACACAUAAAUACUACUCGUAGGUAAUGCCUAAUAUAUAUUUCGAAAUACGAUACAUACCACAUAUAUAUAUCGGAGAUAUGUAUAUAUACAUAUAUAUAUAUGUAUAUCAUAUGUACUUUAUGUUCAGUACAAGGCAAGAGAAAAUUUUUUUUUGAAGCAGGAAAUCGUAUUCGUAGUUUGUAAUUUGUACUUUGUAACCUAAUGUUAGCCGUAACUUAAUAAUGCAAUUUUUUGUAAUUACGUAAGUUCGAUCACAGAGCAAGGGCAAGGGCCAGGACAAGGCAACGGCAUCACUGGCAUCACUACCAAGACGGAAGAGCCCAGAGGCCUCCAGGGUCUGGGCAUACGCAUUACUGGCCAAAUUAGUCUCCUACUUAGCUCGUACGGGAGUGCACCCGGGGAACAUUCCCCAUCCUACAACCCAUAUCCCACAUGACUCUGUAUAUGCGUGUAUAAAUGUGUUUUUUUUUUUCGCCACAAGACUUCUAAGUGUGUGUAAUUAUAAGGAACCGAA